AUGAUCAACGUGGCCACCCCUCCAUACAAACCCGGCGUCCUAAGAGACGGCGCCGGGGAACUGGGAAAGCUAGCCGCGUUGCUCCCUGAUUCCGAUGAGGAUUCUGCAGUUGCCGUGAACGACGACUUGCUAUCUGUUGCAUCAUUGACAUCGAGCGUCCGUGACUUUGUGGUCGAAAAUGGACGGACAUAUCACUCCCUCAGCGUGGGGAAGUAUAUCCUACCUAAUGACGAGGAAGAAAAGGACCGACUAGAUAUGCAAAAUCACCACUUCCUGGUUACCUUUGGAGGCAAGAUGCAUUUUGCCCCAGGUGCAGAGUAUGCACAGCGUGUCCUAGACGUAGGCACAGGAACUGGUAUCUGGGCUAUCGAUUUUGCCGACGCCCACCCUUCUGCAGAGGUGGUUGGUGUCGACCUGAGCCCCAUUCAGCCAUUCUACGUACCCCCAAAUUGUUCAUUUGAAAUCGACGAUCUGGAAAAGGACUGGACAUGGACGCGGCCUUUCGACUACAUUUUUAGUCGGAUGAUGGUUGGCAGUUUUGCAGAUUUCUCCCGAUUUGCUGACCAGGCAUACCAACACCUGGUCCCUGGCGGCUACCUGGAACUAAUAGAUUGCAUCUUCCCAAUGGCCUCGGAUGACGGCACCCUUGAUACAAGCCCAGCCCUCAAAGAAUUCAGCGACCUGCUUCUGCAAGCCAGCAUCAACCUCGGCCGGCCCCUGGAUGCCGCGAAAAACCAUCGCGAAACCCUCAUCGAUGCAGGCUUCACGAACGUCAACGUGUUAAAUUUCAAAUGGCCCACUAACCGCUGGCCCAAGGACCGCAAGGAUAAGCUGGUGGGUCUGUGGACACUGGCGAAUAUCGGCGGCGGGCUUGAAGGGCUCAGUCUCGCGCUGAUGACGCGGGGGCUGGGCUGGGAAAAGAACCAGAUUCUUGCAUAUCUGACAUCGGUGAGGAAGGAUUUGCAUGAUCCGAAAAUUCAUGCGUAUUGGCCCAUGUGA